AUGCCGUACAAUACCCGUCGCAAGUCGCUGUCUUUACCGUCCUUGGGGAUCCACGUUCCCGGUAGCCAUUCAUCCCGCAGCCCUGCUACCGCCACCUCGAAUCGAGCCAUUUCCGAGAACCUGGGAAAUCGCAUCACAGUCACAUCGACAUCAACGUCGCACCCAAACAAGAGACAAAAACGCUCGCAUGGGGAGGAGGGGCCACAGCAUAGAUGCGCUUCGCACAAACGCCCCGAUGAGCAGGUCAUGUUCGACCAUACGCCGCCGCCAUCCCCCACGCCAGACAGCAUCGGGAUGCAAGACGCCACCAGCGACGUCGUAUCUACAAAACAGAUAAACCUCGACGGCAUCCACGACGAGAUUGUCGAAGCCGUCAUAGUCCACUCCGCGAACCCUUGUGCCAUUAUCUCCUCUCGCCUCGCCGCCUACUUGAAGCGCUCUUGCUGGAGUGCUCUGGCACCAUGCCCAUUGGGUAAGGAGCUUGAGACGAUACAUCCGCGACGGACAUACUUUUACUUGACAACCUGUUCAAGGCAGCCUUUCCCAGACUCGCCAGCUUACGUCCAUCGAGCUGUUAUUUCCCCAUCGCUCUCGAGCAUUGCGUCGGGGUCUGAGGACGGCGAUGACGUCGACCUUCGACGCAGGGAGCUGAGCCCGUCCCCAGAGGUUGAUCUUUCUUCUCCCGAGUUCGAUGACGGAGAUGACGAUUUUGCAAUGCCAACUACACCUGUCGGUUCACUGCCCAACAACCUCAGAUACUCCAGAAGCCACCGCAGUGCCUCACCUCCCUUGGAAAAGGAUGAGCGCGAGUUUACUCAAACAGCCGACGUUCUUCAGAAGCGCAAGCUGGCCCGGGAGCUUUCGUCAGCAGGCAAUGUCGAGCAGUCUACCAGUGCCUAUGAAUCGGCACGGGAUGACGGCAUGUUUGAAGAAAAACACGGCGCAACGGUCGGUAACGGACUUGUUCUUACACAUCAGUUCAUUACCAGCCCAACCAUCAAGGCAACGGCGCCUUCAAGCGCCAGAAAGGAAACCGACGGCGAUAGUUGGUUCAAGUUGGGCAACCUACUAGAGUGGGAUCAUAGUCCAGAGAACAUUGAACUCGACGAGCUUGACUGUUUGCUGGACUCUUGCUGA